UUCAAAUGCUAGCUAAUGACAUGUCGUGUAAUUGCAUAUAACAUUGUGAUAUAUAAUACUAAUAAUAUUGUGUGUUUUCAGGAGUGGGAUAAGAAAAAAGGACAUUAUAAGCCAGAAGAUAAGGAGUAUUACACAAAGAGCAAACAAAGAUUUAGAUCAGUGUUGUACAAGUUUAUUCGGAUGAAACAUAUUAUAAAAUUGAAAUCUGAUGAUAAAUGUACAAAAAUCUUCCGAUUAGGUGAAAAUGUAAUUUAUAUGGAAGAGCUAUUUUGUAAUUUGUAUGAAAAAAAGGGUGCAGCAGAAUGUGAAGAUACUUCUAAGGAUUCAUUAUUUUUAAAUGACACUGAUGCAGAUCAAAGUGGAAUUGCUGACUUGGUUUCAGAUGAUGAUGCACAUUAUAAAAAUGAGUCAGUAGGAAAACGAGCUGAAUUUACAUGGAACGAAAACCUUGCAAAUGAAUUGUGGAUGAAUGAAAGUGCUUCAGAUUAUACCAGAGUUGGAAAUACAGUGGAAAUCCCAUGGGAAGAAAAUACUUCUCCAAAAUUACCAAUAAAGCAUCGUUCAUGUGAACCUUUGAUGCUAAAUUUUCUGAAGUCAGAUCCAGAGCCAACUUGUAGAACACUUAACGAAGUGGAAAAAAGAAAUUGUCUUAUAAUACCUUAUGAAAUUUUGAAAAAGGAGUCUUCUGUAGUUGAAUUUGGAAGGAAUGAAAUGAUUUUAGAUGAAUUCUUGAAUGAAAGUCUUUCGGAACGUACUAAAGUCGAAGAUCCAAUGGAAAUACCAUGUGAUGAAAAUGUACCUCCAAAAUUACUAUUAAAGCCUCCUUUAUGUGAGUCUUUGAAGGUAAAUUUCCUGAAGCCAGAUACAGAAACAACCUGUAAAACGUUGUCAAAAGUGGAAGGGAGAAAUGAUAUUAUUAUAAUUCCUUAUGGCUUUUUAAAAAACUUUUCCUCUUCAGUCGAAUUCAAAUGGAAUGAACAGCUUGCAGAUGAAUUGUUGAUGAAUGAAAGUUCUUCAGAUUAUAACAGAGUUGGAGAUACAGUGGAAAUACAUUCGUGGGAUGAAAAUGCACCUCCAAAAUUACCAAUAAAACAUCCUUCCUAUGAACCUUUGAAUCCAAGUCCAGAAGCAACUUGUAGAGCACUUAAUGAAGCAGAAAAAACAAAUGAUUUUGUUAUUACUUCUAAAGUACUGGUGAAACAGAAUGAGCCAUUAAUACUCUUGAAGACUGAAACUGAAGAAUACACAUAAGAUAAAGAAGAAAAAAAUUCUAUUGAUGGAGAGAUUUGAAAGAUAGGACUGAUUAAAAAAGUAUCCCCUUUUUAUUGUGAAAUGUUAUAAUUCCAGUUCGUAAAUAUUAAUCUGCAUAUUUUUGUAUCUUCUGUGCCUUUAAAAGUUUUUCUGAAAAUGGUAAGAGUGUCUGCUUUUCACUAUAUAUGUGUAUAAUAAAUGUAAAUGUUUGUGAAAUGAAA